AGAAAUUACCAAGAAAGCCUGGACCCCGGGUGAAACGGAGAAAUGGACACAAGUCCCCUGUGUUUCUCCAUUCUCUUGGUUUUAUGCAUCUUUAUCCAAUCAAGUGCCAAUGGACAAAGCCUGAAACCAGAGCCAUUUGGAAGAAGAGAUCAAGCUGUUGAAACAAACAAAACGCUGCAUGAGAUGAAGACCAGAUUCCUGCUCUUUGGAGAAACCAAUCAGGGCUGUCAGAUUCGAAUCAAUCAUCUGGACACGUUACAGGAGUGCGGCUUCAACUCCUCCCUGCCUCUGGUGAUGAUAAUCCACGGGUGGUCGGUGGAUGGCAUACUAGAAAACUGGAUCUGGCAGAUGGUGGCUGCGCUGAAGUCUCAGCCGGCCCAGCCAGUGAACGUGGGGCUGGUGGACUGGAUCACCCUGGCCCACGACCACUACACCAUCGCCGUCCGCAACACCCGCCUUGUGGGCAAGGAGGUCGCGGCUCUUCUCCGGUGGCUGGAGGAAUCUGUUCAAUUCUCUCGAAGCCAUGUUCACCUAAUUGGGUACAGCCUGGGUGCACACGUAUCAGGAUUUGCCGGCAGUUCCAUCGGUGGAACGCGCAAGAUUGGGAGAAUCACAGGGCUGGAUGCAGCGGGCCCUUUGUUUGAGGGAAGUUCCCCCAGCAAUCGUCUUUCUCCAGAUGACGCCAAUUUUGUGGAUGCCAUUCAUACGUUUACCCGGGAGCACAUGGGCCUGAGCGUGGGCAUCAAACAGCCCAUAGGACACUAUGACUUCUAUCCCAACGGGGGCUCCUUCCAGCCUGGCUGCCACUUCCUAGAGCUCUACAGACAUAUUGCCCAGCACGGCUUCAAUGCCAUCACCCAGACCAUAAAAUGCUCCCACGAGCGAUCAGUGCACCUUUUCAUCGACUCCUUGCUGCACGCCGGCAUGCAGAGCAUGGCCUACCUGUGUGGUGACAUGAACAGCUUCAGCCAGGGCCUGUGCCUGAGCUGCAAGAAGGGCCGCUGCAACACGCUGGGCUACCACGUCCGCCAGGAGCCGCGGAGCAAGAGCAAGAGGCUCUUCCUCGUGACGCGAGCCCAGUCCCCCUUCAAAGUUUAUCAUUACCAGUUCAAGAUCCAGUUCAUCAACCAAACUCAGACGCCAAUACAAACAUCUUUUACCAUGUCACUACUUGGAACAAAAGAGAAAAUGCAGAAAAUUCCCAUCACUCUGGGCAAAGGAAUUCUUAGUAAUAAAACGUAUUCCUUUCUCAUCACGCUGGAUGUGGAUAUCGGCGGGCUGAUCAUGAUCAAGUUCAGGUGGGAAAACAGUGCAGUGUGGGCCAAUGUCUGGAACACGGUCCAGACCAUCAUCCCAUGGAGCACAGGGCCCCGCCACUCAGGCCUCGUUCUGAAGACGAUCAGAGUCAAAGCAGGAGAAACCCAGCAAAGAAUGACGUUUUGCUCAGAAAACACAGAUGACCUACUACUUCGCCCAACCCAGGAAAAAAUCUUCUUGAAAUGUGAAAUAAAGUCUAAAACAUCAAAGCGAAAGAUCAGAUGAGAUUUAAUGAAGACCCAGUGUAAAGAAUAAAUGAAUCUUACUCCUUAUCUGGAAUGGCUGCCUUAUUUAGAAGCCAAAAUUACAUGAAGAAUCUCACAUAAAGCUUAAAUAAAGUUUAGAUUUAAGGGGGGUAUGUUUCACUCUCAUAAACGGAGCUUUUAAAAACGAUAUGAUGUAACUAUUUUCCAGUAUUAGUACAACCAAAAAUGUCCCAAUUUUAUCUCUGGUUAAAUGUUAAUAUAUGCAAAUAAGUACAAAUGCAAGAGCCAUUUUAGAUCUGUUGUUCUAAUUUACAGUGUCUUUUAUAAUUAAGUCAAGUUUCCCACAUGUCCUUGCUAGUUUAUUCUGACCAGUUUUUGAACCAUGCUAGAAAGAUACUUUUUUAUUAGGUAACUAGUGCUUCAAUAAAGCAAGAUUCUAAUUAAUCACCACUAGUUGUGUAUACCAAAAUGCACACCCUUUAAGAUAAUACAGUUCAUAAAAGAAGAUAAAUUAUAAUUAUUCUAAUAGUUAUACGAAUCACAUAAUGAUUUCACAGAACCAAACACUUACAAUUCUAUUAAAACUACCAGUGAUAACAGUGAAAGCUAGACAGGUGGUCAUUUUAAUAAUGGAAUUACAAAUUAAAUAAAUAUAAUUAUUGUAUCUUACUAAUGCUUGCAACAAAAGCUAAUUUAAAAAACUUGGAAUGUCUCAAAGAGUUUGCUAUGGACUGAAUGUUUGAGUCACCCCAAAAUUCAUAUGCUGAAAUCUAAUCCCCAAUGUGAUGGUGUUUGGGGGUGGGGCCUUUGGGAGGUGAUUAGGUCAUGAGGGUGGAGCCCUCAUAAGUGAGAUUAGUGCCCUUACAGGGGAUAAAGGGUCAGAACUCUCUGCCAUGUGCAGAUAUGAGAAGGCAACUAUAUGCAAACCAGGAAGUUGACCCUCACCUGGAAGUAGACUACCAGAUCUGCUGGCACCUUUAUCUUGGACUUCUCAGCUUCCAGAACUGUCAGAAAUAAAUGUUUCUUGUUUAAGCCAUCCAGUCUAUGGUAAUUUGCUACAGAAGCCUGAACUGACUGAGAGAGCUAGAUGUCAAAUUUC